UUGUUUGCUAGGUGUAAGGUGAAUUUUGCUCGUCUCAAAACGUGGUCCGUAUCAACAGCUGUUGCUCAGUACGAGCGGCAGUCGAUCCUCUCCAGCGUGAAUGGAUCCAUAGUCAGCCAAAUUCGCCGAGGUGUUCUGGUACUCAUUGGAAUCUCAUCCAAGGAUGAAAAACAAGACAUAGCGUACAUAGUACGAAAGAUUUUAAAUCUUCGAUUGUUCCCCAACGCAGACGGAUCACGACGUUGGGAUAAAAGUGUCAAAGAUCUCGGCUUAGAAAUACUGUGUGUUAGUCAGUUUACCUUGUACAGCGAACUUAAAGGAAACAAGUUAGACUUUCAUCGGGCCAUGGAUCCAGAACUGUCGGAGAAAGUUUACGCCAGCGUUGUACAACAAAUCCGUGAGAACUAUGUACCGGAACGUGUAAAAGGUACAGUCAGAUUUUCUGUCUCUGGAAACACAAGUUGA